AUGGUUCUUAGGUUAAUAUUUGCACUGGUUAACGAAAUCCUAUCUCAUUACCCAAGCAACUACAAGCAAUCUGGUAUUAUUCCAAUGCUUGAUCUUGCACAGCAGCAGCAUGGUGGAUGGGUCCCGGUUGCAGCAAUGGACGCUAUUGCUAAAAUAGUUGGAGUUGCACCGAUCAGGGUCUAUGAAGUUGCAACAUUUUACUCAAUGUUCAAUCGGACCAAGGUGGGAAAAUACCACCUUUUGGUGUGUGGAACUACACCUUGUAUGAUUCGUGGUUCGCGUGAUAUCGAAGAUGCCCUGUUAAAACACCUUGGAGUUAAACGGAACGAGGUGACAAGCGAUGGUUUAUUUUCUGUUGGGGAAAUGGAAUGCAUGGGUUGCUGUGUGAACGCUCCCAUGAUUGCUGUGGCUGACUAUACCAAAGGUUCAGAUGGUUACACAUACAAUUAUUAUGAAGACCUCACUCCCAAGCGAGUCGUUGAGCUUGUUGAAAUGCUGAGAAGAGGGGAAACGCCCCCUCGUGGCACCCAGAACCCAGAGCGGAAAAACUGUGGUCCUGCUGGAGGGAUGACCACCUUGCUAGGCGAGCCAAAGCCUCCCCCAUGCAGGGACCUAGAUGCCUGCUAG